GCCAUGCUGCAGAGCUGCAUUCGCCAGGCCACCGAUGCCAUCGCCGCGACCCCCAUGGCCCAGGUCACCUCCUGCCAGACGCAGCUGGUGCGCAUGUUCCAGACCCAGCAGGAGGCUGUCAACAGGUCCCUCGCCGUCCAGACGCGCGACAUCGCAUCCAUCGGUCAGCGCGCCGACGCGUUGGAGGCGGAGCAGGCUGCCAUGCGCAAGCAGAUCGGGGACAUCAACAAGGCCCUGGCCCUCGCCGAGAAGGAGCUGCCCAUCAUGGACUUUCAGGAGCUGGAGGCGUGGUCUCGUCAACCCAACCCGCGGAUCUUCUCGAUUGGGGCGCCGCAGUUGGUUGGGCCCGCCCAAGCUCUUCAAGGAUUGGAGGAGUGGAUUCGCGCGGCUGGCCUCACCAACGACAUGGUCCGCAUCGACCCUGCGGUCCCCUCCAAGCGCUUCAACGUCUUGGUACAGGGCGGCGACGGUGUCGCUCUCCCUCGGGCCCAAGCACUUGCACGGCAGCUACGUGACCCAGCUGGCAGGAACGGGUGGCGCUCCUUCAGCGCGCAGAGCGUCGGCGGAGGCGCCGUCCCGCUGUACCUCUCGCCUGACAAGUCACCGCAGCAAGUACGGAUGGAGAUCCAGUCGAGGAAGCUCUCGGCUUUGCUGUCAGAAGCUCUUCCUGAUCAGUCUUUCAGUGCUCAGCGGGCCCGUGGCAUCGUCACCUCUCAGGGCGUCAAGGUUGCCAAGCUCGAGAUGGGAGAAUCCCGCUACACCGACGCUAUCAUCAGGUGGAACCCAGACAUGGUCGCCAGGCUGCACAUCGACAGGGAGUCCAUCAACACGCAGUUCAAGAAGGCCUUCUCCACGGAGGACAACACCGAGUGGCUGCGCAGACGCAAGUUGGCACUGCUCGCCACAUACAUGAAGGUCAACGCCAUCAUCGCCGUGCAGGAGGUCCACGGCUCCGAGGACGCCCUCAGUUCACGAAACUCCACACCUGCUCUUCCGGCCUACCGCUUCGACAUAGUGGCGGUCGGCCGCGCGGCGCUCCUCACGAUCGCCGACUGCGAGGGCAAGUACAGCAUGCAGAUCUUCAACAUUCACAACUACGACCUCAAGCCGCACGAGUUCACUGCAGUACAGCGCACUUGGUCCAGUGGCCUGGCGUGGGCGCGCCGCGACUCGUUACACCGCAUCUUCCUGGGCGUCGGUGACUUCAACAUAGCUGCCCGCCCGCCAGUCAGUCAACGAGCACCCUCAGACACCACUGCUUGGCGCCUCCGACCUGAUCACCGUUGCCAGCUUCGGCAACCUGCGUGGCGCCGUCUAUUCGCUGCAGCUAUGGAGGUGGAGUCUCAGUGGCCGACCCACUACGACAAGUCCUGCAAGCAGCUGUCCACGAUCGACCGCAUCUUCUUGGGCAUCGACGCGCACGCCAUGCUCUCGGUCUCGACGAUCCUUACCACUGCGAGGGACGCGAUGGAGCUUUCCGAGGAGGGCAUCAGCGACCACGCGCCCCUCGUCCUGCAGAUCACUGCCGCACGUCAUAUCCCACGAGACGAGCAGCCAAUCCCGACGCACCUCUUCAACCACAGGAAGUACCCUGAGACCUACACGCUCAUGCUGGACCACUGCGCCCUGGCUGGGGAAACGGCGGAAGGCCGCUGGAGAGCAGCGAAGCAGUGCAUGAAGCUUGCUGCGCGACGUGUUCGUGAUGAACAGCUGCGGACCAACUUCUCCCUACACGUCAAGGACUCCACGGUCGAGACCUCGUACAUGGGUAGGCUUCUCGACUCCUGCCCUGCGCUGGCCGCCCGCCUCCACAUUACCGACGGCACCUUGCGCCUCGUGGACCCCCACAGCUUCGCCACCAACUUCGACGCCAUCGCCGAGCGGGUGCACCCCCUGCGCCGGCAGGCGGCGGAGGCAGCAGCUCGGACGGCCAACGUGCGCGACAGCGCAGCCUGGCGGAGGGUUGAACGCAAGGCCGCCAGGCAUGCGCAGCUCUGGGUUCCGUGGCGGCGACGCAUGAUCCUCUCGGGCUUGCGCGUGGAUUCCGCACCGUGUGCUGCCAAGGACUCGCAGGUGGCUCAGCGCGCGGUCUCCGACCCCGCGGGCAUGAAGUCGACUGUGGCGAACUACUGGGGUGAGAUCUUCGCGAAGGUGCCGAAUUCUGAACAGCUCAAGGCAUUGGACGCCUUCCUGGACAAGCACGCACCAAGGAACCCUGCGCCCAUCGCCACAUCAUCUACCUCACCCGAGCAGAAGGGCUUCACUGCUGGGCGGCGCUUCGUCGACCACAUCCCGUACUUGGACGCGGAAUGCCGUAGGAAGGGCCUUCUUCCUGACGCGGCGACCCGCCGCCCCAUGUUCCUGUCGUUCGACUUCCGUCAGGCCUUCCCCUCACUCUUCAGGGAAGUCAUCGAGAAGGUCCUCCCGCGCUUCGGGGUCCCGUUGGGCUUCCGCAACGUGGUCGCGGCGCUCUACAGCAACUGCCUCGCCUUUAGCUCCUUCCGCGCCGAGGGCACCAGCGCGGAGCUCGAGCCGCUGUUCGCGCUCCUGUGCGGCAUCAUGCAAGGAUGCCCGCUCUCUGGCACGGUCUGGUGCUUGGCAAUGGAUGCGCCCAUCCGCGCGCUGCUGGCUGCGAUUGCAGAGCAUGGGUUCCUCACGGCUUGCGCCGACGAUCUCGGGAUGCUGAUCAAGAACGCUGUUGCCCUCCCUAGCAUCGACUGCACCUUCGUCUCCAUAGAGUUUGCCUUCAACCUGCAGCUGGCGCUGCACAAGUGCGUGCUGGUUCCGCUGUGGGAGGAGCUCUCGGAGGACACACUGCUGAACGUUAAGUCUUUCCUCGCUAAGGAGGUCCCCCGCUGGCUGGGCUUCCGCGUCGACUCCACGGCCAAGUACCUGGGGACUCACCUGGGACCAGGCGUCACGGACUUCGGCAUCUGGAAGGCUGCUGCGGGGAAAUGGUGGACCCGAUGCUGGGAGCUGGCGCGCACUGGCAUGGCCACCAGCCUUGCGGCCCGCGCGUGCAACAUCAACGCGCUUCCGUGCUUGUCGUACCUCGCGCAGUUCUACUUCAUUGUCCCCGCCAUCUGGAAGGUCGAGUUCACCUCCCUGCACCGCCUGCUGCGGCUGCCGCCCUCGUCCAUGCGCAAGGCUGACAUCCUGUCGAUGAGCGCGUGGUGCGGUUCCCCGUCGCCGAUUGGCCUCUUCCCAUACACGCUCGCGGCGAUGAUGCGCUCGGCGGAGAACACGGUUCGCGGAUGGGAAGCCCACCUUCACCACCUUCAUGAAGCUGCCGUGGAGCACGUCCCACUGAUUGACGCGAUCAAGGGCAACUGGUCGCCACCGUGGUGGCAGACGCGGAGGGCGAUCGCACAGAACUUCGCCAUGAUCACGGACACCUACGGCCAGUUGGACAUACCCAGACCGACGCUCGACGUGCUCUCGGUUCCGAUCCCGAGCAGGUACAUCAAGAUCGCGAAGUCGGCGAUGACCCUGGAGACGAAGACGGCGGCAGCGGCCACCCCCACCAGGAAGCCCAAGCGCCAGGCCACGGCCGCCGCUUCGCUCCGUGGCUCGCUGUACCCCGAGGACCUGGUGGCCACCAUCCACCGUCGGCUGCGCAGGUGGGGAGUCGAGUGCCCGCUGCCCGAGCUGCGCGAGAGGUGGCCUCCGCUGCGUGGCAAGCUGACGGAGGUCCGCCCUGCUUGGAUGUGGUCGUGGAUCCGCACCGCGGUCAACGGCUGGACGACAUCUCGCCGCAUGAGCGCCGUCAUCGACGCGCGUCCAUGCCUCUUCGGCUGCGACGCGGAGGACGCGCUCGAGCACUACGUCGUCUGCCCGAUCCUCAGGGCGAUGACUGCGGGCGACGCUGGUGCGGACUCCCUAGGCAACGGCGCCGAGCUCCUCGGCUUCGGCGACGAGCAGUACCACGCAAAGAGACCCAUCACGGACUGCAUCUACUCGGUCGACCUAAUGUGCCAGUGCUACCACAUCCAGAAGCACCGCAUGCACGUGGGCUUGGACGCUGGAGCGGACCAACGGGCUGGUGUGAGACUGGCCGCUCUGCACCGCAUGCAAGCAUAG